GGAAAAGCGGGAACAGAAAGAGAUGGGAAACCAGGUAUCGGGAUAAGAUCAAGGACACGACCAGAAAGAGGGAAGGAGGAUAAUAACACAACGACAAGAAAAACGGAAAAGAAAUGCCUGGGUGCACCACUUGUCACACAAGUGAGAGCAGUAACAAGGAGGACGAAGAUGAGAAGGAGGAAGAGAAGGUGCGAGAUGAUGAAGCUGCGAGAUGAUGAAGCUGCAAGGAGGUGGAAAAGAAAGAGGAGGAAAAGGAGGAGCGGAAGAAGGAGCAGGAGAGGAGGAGUGGGAGGAGCUGGAAAGGAGCCAGAGCGGGGAUAUGGCGCGGGAAGAGGAGCGGGAGAAGGAGGGGGAGGAGGAACGGGGGGAAGAUCAGGAGAAGGAGGAGAGGGAGGAGGAGCAGGAAAGGAGCGGGAGCGGGAUUAUGGCGGGAUCUUUCUCACGUUGUUUGGCGGAGGUGGAGCGAGCGGGGGAGGAGGAGGAGGAGUGCGAGAAGUGGGAGAAAGAGCGGUCGGAGGAGUGUGAGAAGGAAUGGGGAAGGAGCGGGGAAGGAGUGGGGAAGGAGCGGGGAAGGAGCGGGAGCGGGGCUAUGGCGCGAGAAGAGGAGUGGGAGAAGGAGUGGGAGAAGGAGUGGGAGAAUGAGGGAGAGGAGGAACGGGGGCAAGAGCAGAAGAAGCAGUUGGAGAAGGAGGAGACGGAGAAGGAUCAAGAGGGGGAGCGGGAAAAGGAGAGGGAGCAGGAGAGGGAGGAGGAGCGGGAGGAGUGGGAGCGGGGCUAUGGCGAGAUCUUAAUCACGUUCUUUGGAGGAGUGGGAGGAGCAGGAGAAGGAGCGGGAGGUGGGGUGGGAGAAGGAGUGGGAGAAGGAUUGCAAGGAGAAACAGGAAGUCCGUGCUUUCUCAGUAUGAGGUGUCGCGUGUGCGCGGAUGCCAUCAGGAGGUGUCCUCUUCUGUAUAUGGAGGGCGGCGCUGAAGUAGAAGGAAGAAGAAUCGCGAGACAACGUGAUCUGGUAAUGUGGGUAAGGAAGAGACAGGACGAGGCAGCGAAGACGGAAAGCGGGGCGAAAUUGACACGUGGUGGAUUAGGCAGAAACACUGCUGCGGCAGCUCUCACUGACGGACAGGUAGCAGCUCAAAGGACCGCAGCGUCACCGUUGAGUCCCAGUGCUUCUGACGAAGACGCAAUCGACAUCAGCAUCAGCAGCAGCAUCAGCAGCAGCAGCCUUUCUCCUCAGCAGAAGGGCAAGGAGGAGGUAUUGGCGGCGCAGGAUGAUGAGGAGGAGCUGAAGGCGACAAAGAGGGGCUUGGUUCGACCUCGACUCGACCACGAUACCGCUUCCCUGCCGCCGCCAUUGUUAACGCCAUCGCCGUUUGCUUCUGGGCGACAGCCCACGAUCGACGCGUCUGGAGCUGCUGUCGCUGCUCCUGCAAUCGAGGGCAGAGAUAACUCCUCGGCAUUUUCUGAGGAGAAGGGACGGCCGCCUCCACUGACACCAGAAGUGACGCCUCAGGAAGGGGGAAAUGAAGCGGGACCGUUGAUGCCACAGCCUCCAGUAGAUGAACUAGACGGCUCCGACUCCUCGUUCUCCAAACUGCAGCGGCAGUCCACGGUCGAGUCCCAAGCCGACGAAGGAGAAGCAACGACACCAGCUUCGCCACCUCAUCUUUCUUAUCCCACACUUGCUGGUCAUCAUGCUGGCAAUACCCAGAUUUCAGUACCAAGCAUACUGGACAGCACCGAUAUCGCCGCCAUCGCCAACACUGUGUGGAGUGCAGCGGAGUCCGCUACUUUCGGGGGCGAUUCCCUGGACUCGUCGACUUUCCAAGAAGAAGGAGAAGCAGAAAAGGUUCAACCGUCUGUGGGGGCACCAUCGCCACCCCUCACAGCCGACGUCCCCACGUCCCAUGCUGCGCCGCCUUUCGGCUUGGAAGGCAGCAAUUUGCAAGAUGGGACGGUUGUUGGGCAGCUAUCCCAAACGCCUCUCCCUGUUCUUCCGUCAUUGGUCCCAGGAUCGGGCCCCGCCGAGGGCGUGGACUUGCAGAUCCCGGAAAUCGCAGAGGUCUCGACCGAGACUAUACCACCACUCGCCGUGCUUCCAUCUGACGACGUCUGGACAGAGUCUGAGGGGAUCUCGUUGGACAAGGGGCAGCCAUCGGAGUCCGCUGAGGGGAGGGUCGUGGCCGAACCGCCGUCGAAAUCUCCGAGUGCGAGCAGGAAGAGCUUAGGAUGGCCAUCCCCAUCCCCAUCGCCAUCGCCAUCGCCAUCGCCAGCUACGGUGGUAGCAGCACGUAACCGGUCUUCCCUUCCUGAAAGGGGGCUUCAGGGGCAAUUAUUGAAGCUUCGAGAAAUCGCCCUGGGAAAGCUUGUGCCUAUUAGAGACAGCCUACAGCCAUUUCGCUCGCCUUCUUCAUCAUCGUCUUCGUCAUCGUCUCCAUCUUCCUCUUCAUCUUCCUCUUCAUCUUCCUCUUCAUCGUCGUCAUCGUCCAAGUUCGAGGGGGUAAGCGCCCAGCCUGCUCCUUUCGACUUUGACCUGGACCAGGACCUGAAUCUUGACCUGCAGGAGCCGCCGCCGAAGCUCGCCUUUUCCCCGUAUAAGUCAACAGGAGACCGAGAAGUGGGAGAAGUGGGAGAAGUGGGCUCUGCUUCUCCGGGCAGCUCCCCAAGCCCCGGACUCAGCAGCACUGCCGGGGCCAAUCUAGAGGAUUCCGAGCUGGCCCUGCGGAGGAGCAACUCGUCAAACCCCGGGGAAACACACGAGCAACCUAUGCCUGUAGUUGCAGCGCAGGCGAGUCUACAGCCUGGGGUUCACCUGCAGGACUUUCCCGUCGACAAUAAUUAUGUGGCAACUGCUCGAUCAGUUGCCACGGCGAAGGCUCUGGAAUCUCUGGGCAUGUCAAGUACGGCAGGUGGUGGCGGCGCCGAGGCAAGUCGCCCUCUCCCUUGGGAGAUCAUCGGAGCCGAUGGGGCACCUGCCCCUCAAAGCAGAGGGAUAGAAUCUGUUUCGAUCCCUUACCAACCUUAUAUGAUUCUUCCUCCUCCUCCGCCUCCUCCUCCUCCUCCUCCCUCAGCCUCUCCUUCACUUGAAAGCCAGCUAUCCCCAGCUCCCGCGAUCACCGUGGUGGAAAAAACCAGGACGUGGGUAUCCUCACUAUCACCACACAGCCAUCCCGUGGAUCCUUUGCCUUCACUGUCGCCAUCGCCGUCGCCAGUUUUCCGGUCCGUGCCUCCUUCUCGCAGUCCGCAAUACACGAAUGUUCUCCCACCCUCUUCGGAACCCCCUACAGGCUUUCAUAUUGCCAGGCCAUUGCCCUUGGUCGGGGUCGCUAAGGUCGCCUUGCCGCCUUCCCUGUCUUCACGUGAGGAGGAGGACAGUGCAUCGUCUCUCUCUCAGCCUAGGCAGCGUCAUUCCUCCUCCCCCCCUCCUUCCACUGCCUUUAAAUCGUCGCGCGCUUCCUCCUCCCCUCUGCCCUCCCCCAAUUCCCUGCCAACCACCCUCUCCUCCGGUACUCCCGCGUCCCUUCAGAAACCGCUGCACGUUAGGAACGUGAACGGCUCUGCAGGAAUUGCCCCUUCUGGAUCGCCGAACUCAUGGUCGAUAGAAAGUGCAGCCCCGCCGUCCGUCUCCCAUGUCUCUGUCGCACAGGCCACCACCGUACCCUUACUGAGCUUGCUCGAUGGCGCGACAGCAUACGCAAACUUCGUCGAAGCCGCAUUGACGACCCGUGGCGCGACCGUCAGCAUCCUUCUAGACGACUCCAACGUCACGGUUUUUGCUCCUAUCAACUCCGCAUUUGACAAGCUCGGUUCUUCGCUGGUUGACUGCCUGCUCUCCGACAGCUCGUCAGGUCUGCUGGACAUCAUCCUGCUGAACCAUAUCUUCGAAGGUGGUCACCCAUCCAAAUCACUGACUGACGGACAGAAACUCUUGACCGUGGCGAAUACCACGGCGGAGAUAGCUGUCAACGAAACGGGAGCAUUUAUUGAAGGUGCAAAAAUUGUGGAGCCGGACCUUUUCCUCACAGGAGAAUCAGCUGUGCAUGGAAUCGACCAGAUUAUUAUGACCUCAAAGUUGCAGAAUGAGAUUCAAGAGAUGUGCGGAGGUCCCAAGCUGGCCCCGCAAUCAAUGGCCUCCCAAAAGGUCUCUACAAGCUCACCGUUCCCAGAAGAUUGGCGCCCAUCUGUAUCAACUGAGGGUGUUGCCAUUCCGUCCGAGAAUCUUCCAAAAUCGUUCAUCACUAGCUCAGUUUCAAGAGCGGAAGUGUCAGCACUAACGGCGGGACUUUGGAGUGUGGCAUCACUCACUAUUUUCUCGCUCUUGGUCAGUUUAGACUGCUCUUGGACUGCCGGCAUUCUAUAAAUAGUAAAUACCUACAGGCUCACGUCAUGUCAGAAUCCGUGUGAAGUCCCCUUUCUGCUCUUAGGCUGCUGGCAUUCUAUAAAUACCGAAAGGCUCACAUCGCGCCAUCAUCUAUGUGAAGUCCGCUUACUGCUCUGGGCUCCUGGCAUUCUAUAAAUAGCAAAUACCUACUGGCUCACGUCAAGUCAGCAUCCGUGUGAAGCCCCCUUGCUGCUCUUGGGCUGCUGGCAUUCUAUAGAAACCUACAGGCUCAUGUCACAUCAGCAUCUGUGUGAAGUCCCUUUACUCCUCUUGGACUCUCUGGCAUUCUACAGAUUACAUACAGGAUCACGUCAUGUCAGCAUCCGUGUGAAGCCCCCUUGCUGCUCUUGGGCUCCCGGCAUUCUAUAAAUACCUACAGGCUCAUGUCAUGUCACAAUCCGCGUAAGUUGCCGUACUGCUCUUUGGCUGCUGGCAUGUUAUAAAUACCUACAGGCCCACGUCAUGUCAGCAUCCGUGUGAAGUCCUUUUCUUGCUCUUGGGCUGCUGGCAUUCUAUAAAUACCUACAGGCUCACGUCACGUCACGUCAGCAUCCUCAUGUAAGUCGCCUUACUGCUCUUGGGCUGCUGGCAUUCUACAAAUACCUACAGGCUCGUGUCACGCCAGCAUCCGUGUGAAGUCCCCUUGCAAACACUGUAAAUGCUGUUGGUGUGAAACUGUCACCUAGGAAGUGGUCAUUCUGCUGUGCUGCCAUGGGUCCUCUUUCACGGAGGGGGUUAUGUGAGGGUUUGGUCAGGCAGGUGACGAGAAGAGUGACGGCGUGUACACACACCAGUACUUAGAACUUCUGAUACUGAAUGUUCCCUCACUGUUAAUAGAACGUACGAUAGAGGUUGUUGAUAUGGUGCCCCCCUCUUCUUUCUCACUGUACAGAGUUAGGUCUUGGACUUCAAAUUUUAAAAGUGUACCAGUCAAGUAUUUUUUUUUCUCUUUCAUUCAUUUUAGUUUGUCCUUGACAAGAGAGCUACUUCGGUGGAAGAAUAAUUGUAACAGUUUCUGUUUUUUCAACUUUUGUACUAAAUGCCUAGGGAAUUU